AUUGUUCAGGGUUUCCAGCCAUGGCCGCCAUUACCUGACCAGCAAACAGCACAAGAGUUGUCUCUGUGGGAGCCUAGAGAAGUUUUCAGAGUAGUUUGUGCUAUCCACUGGCCCUCAGCCUUGGCUCUCAGGAUGCAGCAGAGGUGGGCCCCAGUCAGCAAGAUGCGGCCAGCAGCCCUGCUCAUGUUGCUGUUCUGUUCAAGCCUCAAGGCUCAAGAAAACUCGUUCACCAUCAACAGCAUCCACAUGGAGAGCCUGCCAGCCUGGGAAGUGUUGAAUGGGCACAACCUGACCCUAAAGUGCCUGGUGGAUAUCAGCACCACUUCACAAGUCAGGCCUCAGCACCUGGUGCAGUUCUAUAAGGACGACGUGAUGCUGAACAACGUCACCUCCACAGAGCACACAGAGAGCUACUUUAUCCCCCAAGCUCGGGUCUUCCACUCAGGAAGAUACAAAUGCACUGUGAUUCUCAACAACAAGGUGAAAACCACUCAGGAGUACCAAGUGGUGGUGAGAGGAGUGCCCAACCCCAUGGUGACACUGAACAAAAAAGAGGAAAUAGAAGGUGGAAUUGUGACAGUCAAUUGUUCUGUGCCAGAAGAAGAGCCGCCAAUAUAUUUUAUAAUUGAAAAAAAUGAACUUGAUGCAAAAAUUGUCAAGCAAAGAAGAGAGAAGAAUUCAAACCAGAAUUUUGUGAUCAUGGAAUUCCCAAUUGAGGAGCAGGACCAUCUUUUAGUGUUCACCUGUCAAGCCAGGAUCAUGUCUGGAAUCCAGCAGCAGACCUCUGAGUUCACCAGGAGUGAAUUUGUCACUGUGCGGGAGUCAUUCUCCACUCCCAGGUUCCACAUCAGUCCCCGUGGAAUAAUCACAGAAGGAGAUCAGCUCCAAAUGAAGUGCACAGUUCAAGUGACACACUUAGUCCAGGAGUAUCCAGAAAUUAUAAUCCAGAAGGGCAAGACGAUUGUGGCCACCACCAAACAUAGCAAUGAGGCUGUCUACUCAGUGAUGGCCUUGGUGGAGCACAGUGGCCACUACAAGUGCAAAGUAGAAUCCAACCGCAUCUCCAAGGCCAGCAGCAUCGUCCUCAACAUCACAGAAUUAUUUCCCAAGCCAAAGCUGGAGUCUUCCUCCAGUCUUCUGGACCAAGGCAAAAGGUUGAGCCUGUCAUGCUUGGUCCCAGGCACACCUCUGGCCAACUUUACCAUCCAGAAAGAAGAUAUGAUCCUGUCACAGGAUCAGAAUUUCAGCAAGAUUGCUGAAGAGAAGGACAGUGGGGUGUACACCUGCACUGCAGGCAUUGGCAAAGUGGUCAAGAGAAGCAGUGCGGUGCAGAUCACAGUGUGUGAAAUGCUCUCUACGCCCAAGAUUUUUCAUGAUGCCAAGUCUGAGAUCAUAAAAGGACAUACCAUAAGCAUCAGCUGCCAGUCAAUAAAUGGAACUGCACCUAUCACAUAUCACCUUUUAAAAGCAAUGAACAUUUUCCGGAGUUAUACAAUGACCUCAAACGAUCACGCAAUAUUCACAGACAGGCCAAUCAAAGAUGUGGAGUACCAGUGCAUGGCAGACAAUUGCCAUUCUCACUCUGAGAUGGUCAGUGAGGUCCUGAGGGUCAAGGUGAUAGCCCCGGUGGACGAGGUUACAAUUUCUAUCUUGUCGAGUAAUGAGGUGAGGUCUGGGGAUGAAAUGGUGCUUCUCUGUUCUGUGAAAGAAGGAACCUUUCCAAUCACAUAUAUGUUUUACAAAGAAAAGGAAGACAAACCCUUCUACCAAACCGUCAUGAAUUCCACCCAAGCAUUUUGGCACAAGCAACAGACAAGCAAGGAUCAGGAGGGACAGUACUAUUGCACAGCCUCCAACCAAGCCAUUCUUACUAGGAGCAGUCCCCGGAGCAGUACUCUGACAGUCAGAGUCUUUCUUGCUCCAUGGAAGAAAGGACUUAUUGCAGUGAUUGUCAUCGGAGUGAUAAUAGCUACCCUGAUAGUUGGGGCCAAGUGCUACUUUCUGAGGAAAGCCAAGGCCAAGCAGAUACCAGUGGAGAUGUCCAGGCCAGCAGCUCCACUUCUGAACUCCAACAAUGAGAAGGUGUCGGAGCCCAAUGUGGAAGCCAACAGUCAUUACGGUUAUAAUGAUGAUGUUGGAAACCAUGCAAUGAAAACCCCAAAUCAAAAUAAAGACCCUCAGAACACAGAUGUGGAGUACACAGAAGUGGAAGUGUCCUCAGUGGAGCCUCACCAAGCUCUGGGAACGAAAAGCACAGAGACGGUGUACAGUGAGAUCCGGAAAGUCGACCCUAAUUUCAUGGAAAACAGAUAUUCUAGAACGGAAGGCUCCCUUGAUGGAACAUAAGACAAUGAAGGCAGGUGCACAUCCCUGGGAGGACGUGUCCACGUCCCAGAGCAGAUGAUUCCCGGAUUCCAAGAGCUCUGUGCACUUAUUUAUGAACUGAUCCUACCCCCGCUGAACAUAGCAAUUUCUCAGGCCAAGUCAUCAGUUCCUAAAUUCAUUCUGCCUCACUGAUGUUGGGUAUAAAGGGAUACAGAAGUGCUGUUCCGCUGCCAACGUUGCCCUCCUUCCAAGCUGGAGCAUCCUUACAAUUUGGAAGAGUGGAGAGAGGUAACAGACCACUGGAACAUUUUUGAAGCUUGAAUAUUUUGUCUUGGACAGAUGAAGAACUCCAUUUGUCUUCCUACGCAGAAACCAGUUUCUGUUUUGUAGUAAAUUACUUUUAGCAAAUGGCCUGUUCUGGGGGCUACUUUUUGUUUUGUUUUGGUUUGGGGUUUUUGUUCUCUUUUCUUUUGGUCUUUCGAAGGCCUGUAGUUCUGGGCCCUCCUUGUUCUUUGGAAGUAUACAAACCCUGAUCAGACAGCUUUGCCUGGUCCUCUCUAUGACCUCACUCACAAAGAGAACAGCUGCUUGGGAGCAACCCUUUUGAAAUGGCCACUUAAAAGACAAGCUUCAUUCAGGCAGUGCUGAAAACAGGAGGAUGUGGCGUGAGCACAGACAUUUUUAAGCUGCUUUCUAGGACUUUCUUUUCCUCUCCCAUGCUGAAGGCCAAACGAUGACAGAUGGUUGACUACAGCAAAUAUUAUUGUUUUUAGUAGAAGAGGGAAAUAUAUACUUUCCUCACUAAUUCUUUAUUUAUUCCUUGCUAAAGAGAUAGUCUCUUGAGGUCCUGAGCUGUUUCCAAGGAGCGGGAGGGUGUCUUGUGUGGGUAGAUAGGGCCACUACCAUUUUGCCCUGGAUGGACUAUACCUAACCUGAAUUACCUUCUCUGUUCAUCUUAGCCACAUGGCUGCAGGGCCCCUGAGGUGUGUUGUAUUAAAUAAAUUUGAUUUUUACUCUUCAUAAA